AGUCGUGCUACAACACACCGUCUACCGUCUUAAUCUUUAACCAUUAGUCAGUAGCACUACCACCUCCACCCGCUCGCAGAUAACUACAUAUUUUGUUUUACGUUGCGUAAAUAAUAUUUUGUAUAUUUAAAAGUUUUGUGCGUAGGUACUAUACCUAUGCUGAUUGCCAAGUGGUCAGUGCUCAGUGAUGAGUUUGUCGCUGACGUUUGACGAGCGACGUUGACGGGAAUAACGCUCCACUGCGCAGCUCCGCGGACACCGCGCACAUAAAACGUUGAACUUCAUAAACAUAAUAAUAUAUUUAUGUGUACAAUGUACAUAAUUUAAUACGCACGCACAUUGAAAUACAACAGAACAGACAUUGUCGUUUAUUGCAUAAUCGUGUUUACUGCGACGCAGUCGAUUGUUUUCGUAUUAAUCUUUUGCGUUUCACCUGCCUACAAUAAAUAACGAUAAGUUCAGUUGGACGCAAGUCGUAUCGGCGCGUGCAGUCAAAUACUAUCAUAAUCUUUGAUUAUUUUUGGUCACGCGCAUCGCAACGCGAUCAUGGCGACCAGGAAGAAGGUUUUGCUGAAAGUGAUCAUACUGGGUGACUCGAGCGUGGGUAAGACGUCGCUGAUGAACCAGUACGUCAACAAGAAGUUCACCAACCAGUACAAGGCAACCAUCGGCGCUGAUUUCUUGACCAAAGAGGUGAUGGUCGACGACCGAAUCGUCACGAUGCAGAUAUGGGAUACAGCUGGUCAAGAACGUUUUCAGUCAUUAGGAGUGGCAUUUUAUCGCGGUGCUGAUUGUUGUGUAUUAGUAUUUGAUGUAACAUCGCCAGGAUCUUUUAAAUCUCUGGACGGAUGGCGGGAUGAGUUUUUAAUACAAGCAUCACCAUCUGAUCCAGAUCAUUUUCCUUUUGUGGUCCUAGGCAACAAAGUUGAUUUAGAUAAUCGAGCUGUGUCCACUAAAAGGGCUCAGCAAUGGUGCCAGAGCAAAAAUGGUUUACCAUACUUUGAAACAUCUGCUAAAGAAGCCCUCAAUGUUGAACAAGCUUUCAAAACGAUAGCACGAAAUGCAUUAGCUCAAGAAUCAGAUGUAGAGCUGUAUAAUGAAUUUCCAGAUCAAAUUAAAUUGGAUGGCGGUUCUACAGACAAUAGAUCCCCGGGUGGUGAUAAUUGUGCUUGCUAAUAAUAGUAAAUUAUUACAUUUCCUGAAAUAUUGCUGUCUAUUAUCAAUAUACUCAUUGGCUGAGUUUCUAACAAGAGUCUCAAAGUUAUUAUCUUGAGUAUAAUUAUAUUUAUAUAUGUACAUAUAUAUAUA